AUGGUAGACAUCAUGUCUCACAGCGAAAUGAGUAAAGACGAUUUCGAGGAUGGCGAGUUGCCGGAAGACGGCGAGAUUUGCGAUGACGAUGAUGAAGCGAUGAAACCGGCGGCGCCGGUGCCGUCAGUGUCGUCAGAGCAUUCGAAGGAAUCGCGAACCUCCACCGAGCAUCAUCAUCAUCAUCAUUCUUCUCGUAGGCAUCAUAGUGUAAACCAUGUGAAUGCGACGCCGAGACGACGACAAUUCGAAUUUCAGCCGCCGCCGCCGUCGUCGUUGCAACGCGAUCUCGACCCGUUCGGACCCGACUCGGAAGUGAAUCAUGCCGACGCCGCCGCCGCCGCCGGCGGCGAUAAGGACUAUCGCGGCGGCAACGGAGCGGCCGGCGAGCGAAUCGACGACGAGCCACCUUUCAAUGACUAUGAUUAUCGGACGCAUCGAAAAAGGCGUCAUUCGCCGAUGCACAACGAUGAGACGGACUAUGAAUCGCGCGCCGGCAAACGAUCGUAUUACGGCGGUCGCGGUGGAUUCCGCGGCGGAUUUCGCGGCGGCGCGAAGCCGCGCUUCAACACCGAACACCAGAUUUGCAAAUUCUUCCGCGAGGGCUAUUGUCGUGACGGCGAUCAGUGCUCGUAUUCGCACCAGGCCGAAGACUCGCUGAGACGGCCGAUCCUGUGCAAUUUCUACGCGAACAGCUUCUGCAAAAAGGGAUUGCAAUGCUUGAUGCUUCAUGGCGAAUAUCCAUGCACGGAUUUCCAUCGCGGCAAUUGCACCGCCGAACAAUGCCGCUAUUCGCACGUGCCGCUCACCGACUACACAAAACCGCUGUUUGAGAAGAGCCUCGCCGAUGAGGAAGCGCGCGGCGGUGCGUCGUACGGCGCCUAUCGGCAGCCGGUGAACGCCGGCGGCGCGCGUCGUCGCGUCCUUCUACCCGGCGGACCGGCGGCGGCGUCGCCGCCUCAAGCGCCCAUCAUCCAUGCGCCGGUGCCCCAACAGAUGAACGGACAACUGGCGCCGCCGAGCGUCGUCGUGCCGACGAUUCAGCGUCCGAUGCCGCCCGGCUAUCCGCCGACGGCCUUCUUCAAUCAAGGCACCACACCGCACAUUCAGCAGCAGAAUUUGCCGCCGCCGCGCACCAUUGAACCGCCGAAGCCGGUGACGCAGCCCGAGAAGCCGGCGCCGCCAACGUUCAAUCUUGAGGCGAUGCUCACCAAAUUGGCGAAAGGCGAAGCAUUGGCGUCGGACGACGAGGAAUCGCCGGCGUCGCCGCCGCCGAUCAAUCAAAUCACCUCGAACGCGCCGUCAUCGUUCCUCGCGCAAACGGCCAUCGUCAUUCCGGAGACGCGUUCGGUCGUCUGGCGCCAUCUUCUGUCCGUCCAGCAGACGCCGUACGCCGGCGUCGACAAUCUCGAUUUGAUACCGCCGAACGAUCCGAGAAAAUCGCGGGCGCUCGAAGCGGCCGCGAAAGCGGCGAUCGCGAUUCCCGACGAAGUCACCGAUCCGCGAAUUCGCUCCAACAACUACGACAUCAAUAGCUAUGAUGAGCCGGAGCCGACGUCGCAGAUUUCAUCAUGGAUGCCUCAAAUGUCUUAA